AUGGGGGGUCCCGGUGCCGCCGGGGAAGGGUCGAUCCUGGUGCUGGAGAAGGACGAGCAGCCCCGGUGCCACCGGCGAGAAGGACUGGUCCCAGUGCCGGGGGAGAACCGGUGCAUCUACGUCUGUGCCAAGUGCGGCCAUGAGCUGUUCUCCAGCCACGCCAAGUACGAGCACUCAUCCCCGUGGCCAGCCUUCACCGAGACCGUCCACGAGGACAGCGUGUCCAAGCGCAAGGAGCGGCCGGGGGCUUUAAAGGUGUCUUGUGGCAAGUGUGGCAACGGGCUCGGCCACGAAUUCCUCAAUGAUGGGCCAAAGAGGGGGCUGUCCCGCUUCUGAAUAUUCAGCAGCUCGCUGAAGUUCAUCCCGAAAGGCAAAGCAGACAAGGACCUGAAGGAGAAGUAA